CUUAAACUUUAAGCAACCUCUAGUUCACCUCAUAUUCUGUACAAUUGCAUGGGUGUCAGUUAUCACCAUUGAAGCCUCUUUUGUUUUAUUUUCUUCCCCUCUUUUUCUUCUCCAAUCACUUGUUGAAAUUCUUGCUAAACCUGGAUUUAUUUCCCUCUCAAACAGUUUUAAUCAUACAUAAUCUAUCUUUUAAUUCACUACUAUUUAAUUUUUUUUAUGUUUCCUGACCCACAAACGACAAGUUAUAUGCAACCUUCCCUUUAUUUUAUAAUCAUACUCAAAUAAUUAUUCAUUAAUUUUCCCAACUUUAUUGUUAAAAAGAUUUUCCUGUCCCUCUCUCAAUCUCACAUUAUUUUUCUUCUACAUUUAAUUUUCUUUAUAAUUUAAUAAUUUAAUUUCACUAGACAAAAACCCCACCAAAUCUAACUCUUCAUAUUCUUAUUCUUCUUCUUCCAUACUUCUCUGUAACAUUUUUUUUAAUAAUUUAUUUUAUUUUUUAAUUGUUUUUUAUCUUCAUUGAAUUUUCUGGGUUGGUUGUUAGACACCCUUUGAAGUCAAAUUUGGAUAUAAUUUUUAUUAGUCCUUCUUCUGUGGAUCUCAUUCACUACUACUCUCUCUAAUAGUUUUACAGGUGAGCAUUGUCAGAAAACUUAAAAACUCUGCUUCCUUUUUCUUUUUUGGCCUAAAAUUUGAUUUUUAUUAUCAUUUCUAAAUUUUGGGUUUUUGGGUAGAUGCUAAAAUUUUAGGAGAGAAUUGGGUUUGAUCAAUGUAAAAAAAACAAAAAGCGAGUCUUGAGGUUACCUCACUCGCUAACCCAGAGCCUAUUAGAUUCCGACUAAUCCAAAUUCGAGUUGGGCCAGGCCCUUAUUGGGAUGAAAGCUCUCCCAACAAAAUGCAGAGAGAUUGCAGUUGAGAAUUGAGAGUGAAGAAGAAAGAAAGAAAGAAAUUACUCACUCAAGUAGUCAAGUGGAGUUGACAGUUGGUGAAGGAGUAUUAAAAUGGUGUAAUCAAUGUUGACAAUCUUUGAAUAAUUUGGUUCAAUUAUAAGUUGCAAAUGUAAGGCUUUUUAACUUUUUCCAUUUUUGUGAAUUUUGGUUUUUGAAAUUUAAUUUACUCACUUAAUUUUGUAUAUUUUUGGUUUGAAAAAUUGGUUGGCGGGGUUGAAGAAUAUGCCUCAAGACAAAAGAAGAUCAUCAAUUAGUUAUAGAUCAUUUGUAACAUGUGAUGAUCCAAAAGGUGUUGAAUGUGGGGUAAUUAGAAAAUCAAAGAUCAAUAAUAAUUCUCAAAAAAAGGAGCAAGAUUGUAGUAAUAAGGUUGAAGCUGACAGAAAGCAAAGAAAUCAAAAUACAUCUCUAGUUGUUGCUUCUGUUAUUAAGGAAGAGAGAGAUAAAAAGGAGAUGGGGGUUAGAGGGAUCACACGGGCUGAACUCGAAAAUCCGGUAUCUUUUCAGCUACUAGAGGUAUCUAAAGAGACUGAGAAGUUGAAUCAUGUGAUCAAUUCUUGGUCUAGUAGUAGUGGUAGUAGUUAUGACAAGUUAUUGAGGAAGAAACAAAAUGAUAGUGUUGCCAAAGAUUUGUUGAGAGGAGCUCUUGAUCUUCAAGAGUCCUUAGUCAUGCUUGGGAAGCUGCAGGAGGCUUCGAGUUAUAUGUUGGGAUUGUCGCGAAAGCAGAAGCAAAAACUUGAUGAAGGAGCGUUUGAUGUAAUGGUUAGUGGGGUGAGGGGAAAUUCGAGGCCUGCAAUGCAUCAUGUAGAUGGUUAUCCUAGGAAAUCGGUUGAUGAGAUGAGGAAUGUUGUUAGAGAUAGUCUUCUUAGGCAGAAUAUGAUAUCAAAUCCUAUAUUUGAGGAGCAUUAUGAUCAUAGAAAGAUGUCUAUGGCUUCUCCUGAUAUGUUGCCUUCUACUAGUUCGAGUACUCAAUCAUCAAUGAUUUAUUCGAGUAAUUUUGUUCCCUCUGAUUCUUCUGUCUCAUCAUCAACAGCUUCUCGGAGGAAAAAUGGAAAAGACUCGAAUUUGAUUGUCAGACUAAUGGGUUUAGAAUCAUUCCCUUCGAGUCCUAGGAAACACACUGAGAGGGAGAAAUUACUGAACUUGGCAAAGCCUACGUACGAAAUUGAUUCACCAAGGGCAAAGAGGCCUCAAUUUGGUGCUCAAGAGGUGGGUUUGAAACAAAGAAGUGUUGAAGAAAUACUAGAGAGAUUAAAAUUUAAGGGGCUUCUUAAAAAUAAUUCUGUGGAUGGCCUGACAAUUCAUUCCUCGGAGUCUGAAAAUUACUCCUCGAAUAAUAGUUGGGUUGAUGAAAGACCGCCUAUUGUUGUCAUGAAACCUAUGCGCUAUCCCUGUCUAGAUCUUGAUGAGCCUUAUAAGACAAAGUUUUGGGGAGAAAGAGAUGUGAAACCAAGAUGCAGUAGAGGAUCUGCUCAAGAAAUUGUCAGAAAUGAAGCUGUAAACUACAGUGAGAAGAAUGAAGUAGCACGAGUUGAUUGUGAAGAAAAGGCCAAGUCUGUAAAGAAGGUUGCAUCUGCUAAGCUUAAAGGUUCUGUCAAUGUGAAGCCAAAGGCACAGAAAAAGCAAACAGAAGUCAAAAAAGCAACUGAAGUUGAGAAGGUGACUCCAACUAGAAGGAAAGUUGAAGAGAAGAAAGAUGCAAGAUCGAGUGAUCAGUUGAAUUCACGAGAUCAGGAAAGGUUUUCCACAGCAAAGAUUACAAGGCAAAAGGAUGGAAAAUCUAUCUCCAAAAACCAGUCUUCUAAUCAACAGAACACUACUUCCACUUCAAUGUUAGAUCAAAGGAAACGCAGAACAUCAGAACGAAAAAAGAACAGACAACCAGCCUUAGAACAGGAAGAAAAGAGGAUUUGCAAAGGUGAAAAGAAGAGAAGCACUGUCUUCUACAAAGAGGAUAUUGAUUCAGCUGGUGACCGCACUUCUGUUUUCCCUGCAGUCAACAGUUUUACUGGUAAUAACAAUGACAACGAAAGGUGUCAAAGUCAGAUCAGAGAUUAUGAUUUUGACAGUCAGAUUAAGCUGUUAGAUACUCCAGACCGAUAUUCAUGUCUUCCAAAUGACAAGAAUAUUUCUCAUUAUGAUGACAACCAAAGCUCUUAUUCUGAAAUUACAUCAGUGUCUACUAGCGAAUAUUGCAAUGUGGAUCAGCUCAGUGAGGCACAGAGUACUCUUCAUGAAGUUACCUUGAUUACUACCCAUGAAAACGGUAUUGCAGUUCAUCAUGAAACUAAUCAAGAAGGAACUAAAAGCCUCAAAAAUAGCGUCGAAUCAACAGAUAACAAGGCCUUGAGACCGUGUCUUACUCCCAGAAUGAAGCUAAAAGCUUUGCUUCUAAACAACUCAUCGUUUGUGAGCCACAUUGAGGAGCUGUUCAAUAUUCAAGUCAAUCCUGAAUCAGUUCCUUGCAUGAUAGAUGACAAUGAUCAAGAUUCAGAAAGUUCUCAGAUACUGGUAGAUUGUGCUAACGAACUUUUAGAACUUAAAAGCUCGCAGUUUUUACAAACAUGCCUGCCUCUUCCGCGCAUCUAUACAACAAAAUUACAAAGUUAUUUCUCCUUGGAUUGGCUGUUGGAGGAAGUAUGCAAUGGCAUUGAGAGCUUAAGAUUCUAUUCAAGGCCGGUAAAUGAUGAGUUUCCCUUCGACGAUCUCUAUGUUAUACUAGAUCGAGAUUUGGAGUUCAAGAGCAUAACAUGGGAAGUUGGUUGGAAGAGUAUGUUUACUCUAAAUGAAGUUGAACAAGUUAUAGGUGAGGUUGACAAGUUUAUCUUAGGCAAUUUGAUUCAGGAGGUUGUUUCAGAUUUUAUGCUAUAGUAUAGUACUACAUCCUACAUGUUUUUUUGUUUUUUUUAAUUAAUUUUGCAGCAUUUAUGAAAUUUAAUAGAAGGUAUAUGCUAGAAUUUUGUAAAUAAGCAUCAUAUUGUUGAUACAACAGGUGGUAGGCCAAAUACAGGUGACUUAAUCCAGAAAAAUUUCCUUCAGAUGGAGAAGAAAUUAAGGUUACCCCACCUAAAUAAUUAGUGAAUGAUUUCCUAUAAUUCAUUACUUUGUUUAAUGUUCUUAUUUCAGGAGAAAAAUAGUAAACAUCUCUUGGUAUGAAGCUGUUGGAUUUGAACAUUAGUAAGCAUUAAACAUCUGAAAUUGUGUUAUUCUGGUCAGAUUAUUGUAUUACUAUUAUGAAAAUU